GCGGACGGGUUCUUGUGUCGCCGUGCAGCCUCUUCCGGUCCUCUUUCCAGCUUCCCGUGCAACAUGACCAAGAAGAGGAGAAACAACGGUCGUGCCAAGAAGGGCCGUGGACAUGUGCAGCCCAUCCGCUGCACAAACUGCGCCCGCUGCGUCCCCAAGGACAAGGCCAUUAAGAAGUUUGUCAUCAGGAACAUUGUGGAGGCAGCGGCUGUGAGAGACAUCUCAGAUGCCAGCGUCUUCGACUCUUAUGUUCUGCCCAAGCUCUACGUGAAGCUGCACUACUGUGUCAGCUGUGCCAUCCACAGCAAAGUGGUGAGGAACCGCUCCUGUGAGGCCAGGAAGGACCGAACCCCACCACCAAGAUUCAGGCCCGCUGCUGGCGCACCAAGAGCUCCUCCAAAACCAAUGUAAAGUGAAAUCUGAAGAUGCUGUGUUCCUGAAAAAGAAAAUUAAAACAUCUUUACAAAACUUGAA